CACACAAGGAUCCAGGACUCGGGUGAAGGUGAAGACAGCGAGACCUGAGGACUGGCUCACAGGACGAUGAAGAUGCGAGGGGAUCGGGAGGUGAACACUCUGAUCACCAUGGAAACCAAACCAGAUGGGAGCUACGGCAGCAUCGCCACGAAUGCCGCCGUGCCGCCGCGGGACAAGAACACGUUUAGCGACGGAUCCACUCGUGUCGAUUUUGUUCUGGCGUGGGAGGAGCCUCAUAACCCCAACGCGGAGGCGGGCAAGGCCAUGAACCCCGGUCACAGCAAGUGGAGAGAAACUUUCCUGAGCAAACUGAGAUUCUCGGGACUCCUGAUGGAGAUGACGGACGUGGUGCAGACCAAGACCAGGAUCCGCUUCGUCCUCCUGAGCGCCCCCUGGAGUGUCCUGUGCUACUAUGCCGAGGAAAUCAGCUUGCGCGUCCCACUGCAGGUGGUCAACACUUUGUACGUCAACUGGUCGGCUAGCGCGCUCCAGUACUUGUCGCUGCCCAACCCGCUGGCGCAGGACGUCCCGAAUCCACCGCCGGAUUUCUACACUUGCCAGUUCCGGACCAACAAGCUUGAACGGUUUCUGGGCAGUGAGGACAGAGACACCUUCUUCAAGACAACUCAAAGACAUCAAGUCCUGUAUGAAAUCCUGGCUCGAACUCCUUACGGCUCAGUGUCCAAAGGCGAGGUGGGAAUCGACCGUCUGCUGAGCGAGCAGGUCUUCACAUCGGCGUACCCGCUCCACGAGGGUGACUUCAAGCUGCCCAAAGCGCCACUACCCGUUGAGUCUCUGGCACUCAGGCAAAUCCUGUAUGGGUACUGGGCUCAGUGGUCCUGUUGGGCUCGCUACCAACCUCUGGACCACAUCAGGGAGUACUUUGGAGAGAAGAUCGCUCUUUACUUUGCCUGGCUCGGGUUCUACACGGGAUGGUUGGUGCCAGCCUCGCUUGUUGGGACUGUGGUCUUCCUGACCGGUAUUUGGCUGAUGAGCACGGACGUUCCAGCAAAGGAGUUGUGUAACAGCGGCGGCAGCUUCGUCAUGUGUCCGAUCUGCAACAUCUGCUCCUACUGGAACUACUCCAGCAUCUGCAUCACCUUCAAGGCGGGUAUUCUUUUUGACAACGGCGGAACGGUCUUUCUCAGCGUCUUCAUGUCCUUGUGGGCCGUCACCUUUUUGGAGUACUGGAAGAGAACGUGUUCAUCUCUGUCCCACCGCUGGGACUGCACGGAUUUCCAGGACAUAGAGGAGCGGCCACGACCCGAGUUCACGGCCAUGGCGCCCAUGACGAUGAGGAACCCGUUGACGGGUGCGGAGGAACCGUACUUCCCCGAGAAGAAGCGCUUUAACCGAGUGCUGACCGGCUGCAUGAUCAUCGUCGUCAUGGUGGUGGUGGUCCUGAUGUUCCUCAUCGCCAUCAUCCUGUAUCGUUCCAUCCUGAGUAUCGUCAUCUCCAAGUCCAACCUCAGCUUCUUCAUUUUCGACGCCGCCAGGAUUGCCAGUCUGACGGGAUCCGUGUUGAACCUGCUGGUCAUCCUGAUCUUGUCUCGCGUUUACAUCUCCCUGGCGCACAUCCUCACCAGAUGGGAAAUGCAUCGUACUCAGACCAAAUACGAAGACAUGUUCAUCCUCAAAGUGUUCGUGUUCCAGUUUGUCAACUUCUACUCGUCUCCGGUGUACAUCGCCUUCUUCAAAGGCAGAUUCGUCGGCUACCCGGGGAAGUACGUCACGCUGUUUGGAGUGCGCAAUGAAGACUGCGGCGCGGGUGGCUGCCUCAUCGAGUUGGCCCAGGAGCUGCUCGUCAUCAUGGUGGGAAAACAGCUCAUCAACAACAUCCAGGAGUUCAUCUGGCCGAAGUUGAGGGCGUGGUGGCAGAAGAGGAAGAGAAGCGGCAAGGCCAAGGAGCCGGAGGAGCAGGAAGAUACCGAGCGGGGCGUUUGCCCCUGGGAGGUGGACUACCAGCUCCUGCUCUGCGAGGGGCUCUUCAGCGAGUACCUGGAGAUGGUCAUUCAGUUUGGUUUCAUCACCAUCUUUGUGGCGGCGUGCCCUUUGGCUCCUCUCUUCGCUUUGAUCAACAACUGGGUGGAAAUCCGUUUGGACGCUCAGAAGUUUGUCACCGAAUAUCGGCGGCCGGUGGUGGAGCGGGCGCAGGACAUCGGCAUCUGGUUGGAUAUCCUGCAGUUCAUCGUGUACACGGCCGUCAUCGUCAACGCCUUGCUGAUCGCCUUCACGUCGUCCUUCCUGCCUCGCCUGUACUACCGCUACACCCGCGAAUCAGACCUCAGCGGUUUCAUCAACUUCACCCUGGCCACGUCGCCGCGCAACUCCAAGUUCACCUGCAGGUACCGCGGCUUCAGGGACCAGAACGGCGAGUAUUCGCCCGAGUAUUUUCACCUGCUGGCCAUACGACUCGGCUUCGUCAUCAUCUUUGAGCACGUGGUUUUCGUCAUCGGCCGCCUCAUCGACAUGAUGGUUCCCGACAUCCCCGUGGAGGUGGAGCUCAAGAUGAAGAGGGAGCACUACAUGGCCAAGGAGGCUCUGGCCGAGAACCAGGCUCUGGGGAGGACGAUGAUUCCCGCGCAGACGACGGACUGGUUGGGCGAACCUCGGCAGCGCAAAUCUCGCCGGUCGCCGCUGCCGUCGCCGCCGGACACCGUGCUGAAGAUCUCCAAAGAAGCGGAUGAGCCGCCGGGGAUCUGCUGAGGACCUUUGGCGGGACAUUUGGGACCUUGCGCAGUCAUAGGCACGGAGAGGGCGGCGAGAGGAUUGUUCCGCCGCCGCCGUUCCUCCGCCAGACGCGACCGAGACGGAGCGCCGCUGCGGAGAGCGUCUCGUCUCCAAGGAUCUCGGCCGCCGACGCACGCGACGCCGCCGGCUUUUCCGCGCAAGCGUAAGCUCGGGAAGGCUGAAAAUGUGGAGGCAAAUGUACC